AUGGCCUUGCCCCUUGUCAAAUGCGCGCUUUAUAGCUACAAAUUCAUUCGCUUUUUCCUCGCUUUCGUCUGGAUAUUGUGCCUCUACGACAUGACCCAGGACUGGAAGCGCGAUGUAGGAUUUGCUGCGACAGGCUUGGCAUGGUUUUUGAGCCUAAUCGGAUGGCGACUUCUGAGAGAGCGGAAAACAUUCUGUGGAUUUUACCGUCGUAAAUGCCUCGCCACUAUUGCGGUUUGCGGUCUCGUUUUCGUACUGUGGUCGAUCGCGUUCGGCUUAUUCCUGGCUACCUAUCUACAAGAUGGUCCCCGUAUCAAAUUUGGGGCAGGCUCAGUUGGUGGCUCAAUUAUGACUCUUCCUCUCUUAUGCGUGACCCUCUCGGCGGGAGAGGUAUUUGUGAUCACGCCGGACACUCUUCGUAUGUGCGAAGGUGUGCCCAACCACUAUAUACCCGUCAUAAGAGGAAGGACAAGAAACAUCUUUGAUGGGGAUCCCAAACGGCUCGAAGAUGAUGAGAUGACACAUGGUAUCCUCCUCGAAACUGGCCAGGUAGGACUUCUGGAAGCUCGCUUCAACCAUGAUGAGUCUUUACGGCUCUCGAAUUUUCGCGAGGAGAGGUUGAGAUUUGAGUAA